UUUUAUUAUGCUAACAAUAUAUACGCAUAUGUAUAUACGCACAAGGUUUAUCUAUGUUAUUAACAGCGCGAUAAUGCUUUCUCUCUCUCUCUCUCUCUAUUUGCGUGGGACAAUAUGCAACAUGGCGGGUUUCAGUCAGCAAGACUUCAAUAGGAGCGGAUUGACACUCGAUAAUGGACGGGCUUGGUACACCGGACAAAAAGCAGAAAAGGUUCCCAAUGGAUUGGUGGGAGUUGUCGGUCACAAUUGUCUCGGUUUGGAUCUCUCGUACAACGAACUGACCACCGUUUCCGGCGUAAAAGAUUUCGAGCAACUUCAAGAAUUGAUUCUAGACAAUAACAAACUCGACAAUCUCAAAACGCUAUCGUGCAUCCCGACUUUGACUACGUUGAGUCUAAACAACAACAAGAUAUCUAACAUCGACAGAGCUCUAGAACGGAUACGAGAAUGCUGUCCUAAUAUAGAGUAUGUGAGUCUCCUGGGCAAUCCCGGCUGUCCCGAUCAGCUCACCAACCCGACAUCCACCGACGAGGACGAUUAUAAGCGUUACAGGCUCUACGCCAUCCAUACUUUACCUCCGAGUCUUCGUUUCCUGGACUCGCGAAGAGUCACUCAGCAGGAGAGGCUGGACGCUAAGGCUCGUGGCAAGUACUCCAGGACGAUCAAGCUCGUUCCGGAGCUGGAAUGUAACUUUGUACCUAGCUCGACGCACACCGACAACGAGUUCGACGACAUAUACUUCAACAUCCAUUACACGCCCUUGCCGAACUCGCUACGUACUCCUCUGGAUCACAAGGGCGCGUACGGCAAGUGCAAAUAUCGAUACUCUGGCAAGAAUUCGGAAGGCAAUCGGUUCAUCUCAAAUAACGAUCUCUAAUUGGAAAAGAAUUGCACGGAUAUAUUUUUAAAUGUGGCCUUAAAAUAUCGAAACGAUUCUUCUAGUCAGAUAUGAUUGAUAAUGAAACAUAUUAUCAACGAGAGAUCAAUCUUCUAGAUUUCGACGAACCGUUAUUAAAAUUUAUCGCAUGCGAUAUACGAUUAGUAUUACCGAUGGUAAAUAUGAUAUAUCCAAGAUUUAUAUUAUGAUAUUAAUUAAAUUUUGAUACAAAAAAAAACGACCGUUUUAAUAUAUCAAUUGUGAAAUUCACUUUAAGAAGAGAUGAUAAUUAUGUAAAUAAUGAUAUAUAUUUCAUAAUAUAACUUUUUUCGCGAAAAAUAAGAUUAAAAUUUUCAAUUAAAAAAAUGUAAUAAAAAAUAUAUAAUAUUAUUUUAAAAAUGAUUUGUUGAGAAUAAAAUUAAAAAAUUAAGAUUAUAAAUAAAAUUGUUUAAAUCAUCGUGCUAUUGUAUAAUUUCAAACGUAAAAUAAAUCUAUAUUUUUUAUAGUACGAUAAUUCAUAUAACUUCGCUCUUCUUUUAGGUAAACUUCACAAUUCUUCAAUAGUGUAUGUAACGAUUCAUGCAUAUUUUUCUCGAAUAAUAAUGUGCCUAACUUGCGUUUAUAAAUGCGCUUACUCGAAAUUAAUAAAUCACGAGAAGCAUAUACGAGUAAACGUAUAAAAUUUUUAUUAUCAUAUACACACCGACAAACGACAUAUAAAUAAAUGUCUGAUUCUCUAACA